AGAUUUCGGUGGGUAUUCAGUUCUACUCGUCUAUUUUAGAGGGAGGAGCGAAAUGCUCGAGUAAGCUCAUUGGCACCGCGUCUGAAGGGAAAGAGAGGAAACUGAUGCACACAUGACAUUUCCUGACACUUUGCUCGUUGAUUGGUGCAGGAGACGUUUUUCCUCAAUUAAACGACAAGCAUAGAGGAGCCCAAUUACACUGCGUACUAAUUCACCGUGAUGAAAGCGCAGGAGCUUCCCAGAUAAAAGCGCAGAACUGCGGGACAUCGGAAACUGACGAGGGGGUUAGGUAGGUUAUGUUUUAAAUGGCGAAUAACCGUACCUCCUUUUCCAUUCACAACAUAUUAAACGGAGGACUUGAUUGCGAGAGAAAUGCCGGACUUGAUGAGGAAUACGCAGAAGAGCAGGAGGCGCAGGGUCGUUCGAGCUCUUCUCUGCCGGUGAGGAACGAUGGAGCUGAGAGCAUUUCUUCCUGUGUGCUCGUGCUGGACUCUUCACCCUCCGACCAGCAUUCAUGUGAGGAAGGAUCAACAGGAGGAGAAGACAAUUCACCAGAAAGACAGCACGAUCAUGACAAGGACCAAGAGAAACCACAGAGCUGCAACUUUGAAGACAACCCCAAAUCGAGCAAAAAAAGGUCACGGGCUGCGUUUUCUCACGCACAGGUGUAUGAGCUGGAGCGCCGUUUUAACCUGCAGCGGUACCUGUCUGGUCCAGAGCGGGCCGACCUGGCAGGAGCACUCAAACUGACAGAGACGCAGGUGAAGAUCUGGUUCCAGAACAGGAGAUACAAAACUAAACGGCGACAAAUGGCAGCCGAGCUCACGACAGCUCCGACGACAGCCCUGGCAAAGAGAGUAGCAGUGAAAGUACUUGUGAGAAACGACCAGAGGCAAUACAACACCGAGGAGCUGCCCAGUCCGUCUGUUCCUCCAGUAUACCAGUCAUUCCCUUACUAUCCUUACAUGUUCUGCUUCCAGCCGUGGAUCUCAGGAAACACUUUAAGUGGUGGCCUGUACUGAUUUACCAGAGUUGUAGCAUCAAGUGGAAAAUGACUGUGGAGACAUAAACAAUCAAAAACAGCCAAAGAGUAAACGAAACUGCUAUCCCUCCAUGGAUUAUCAAUGCUGAAACUACAAUAAACUAUGACCAUGAAACCAAAAGAGGAAUAUGAUAUACUGAUGUUCAAUAAUGAUCAUUAAGCCAAAGCAAAGACACUUCACCCAAACGAGUUUCUAUCAUUUGUAGUUAUAACCGUCUUUUUUAAAUGUUGUACAGUUAUGCAUUUGGACAAAUAUGCACACUUAAAAUCUACGAAUUAUAUUACGUUAGAUAACAAAAUAUUAAACCAAAAAGUGCUAGCAAACAAAUGAUGCUAAACUCUUUGAUGCUAUUUUACUAGAUAGGUGUUUUGACAAAGUCAGAAUGUGUCUAAACGGUUUUUAGUAUAUAAUUUGAAAUGUAAAAUAUUGGGUUUGUAAAAUGUUUUGCAUUAUUGACUCUUAAAAUUUUUCAGUUUAAUAUUUGUUAUCUAAUGCAAAGGCAUGCAUGCAUUUAAGUGCUGCUUAAGUGCUCAAAUGUAGGUCUACUGUAAAUUAUAUGGAGUGUGUUUAGCUAGUUGAAAUAAUUUUUCUGUCAGCAUUUGUCACCGAUUAAAUUUCUUGUUUAUUUCAAUCACAAAGGAAAAUACACUCUAUGGUGCACUAAUGUGUCUACUGCUUUAAUUCAAUGCUUAAAUCCAGUAUCAAAGCAGAAAAGCAAAAGCUUAAAGUGGGUUUGUCAACACAGCGUACAGAGAUAAAUGCCUUAAAGGCAAUAAUUUAAGAGGCAGAGCUCAUCAAAAGAUUCUAUGUAAAUAAUGGCUUGACAGGUGGCAGACUAUUAUACAGAUAAAAGCCAAUGAAAACACUAUCAGUAACAUUAAACUAAUAAUGCAAUAACAUUUUAGAUAAACCAACACCAAAACCACUUAUUGUAACUAUAAUGAAUGCACAAAUAUGAAAAGUGAGCUAAUCUGGGAUUAGAAAUACCAAAUUAUCUAGAAUCUGCCCUGUCUCUGACCUCGCAUGCAAGACUGUGCCGUACAUUUCCAUGAAGAACAACAAAGUCCGUCAGACUGUUUUGAAAAGUCUGCAGUCCUUUGUUUCAGAAGGACAGUAUCACUGUCAAACACGUUUA